UCCACUGGUGACUGAUUGGUGCAUGCUGUUUUGCGGGCACUCGCGAAAACGUUUUGUCAGAGAGGUGUCCCUUAUUAAAAGUGCUCCCCCGCAAGAAGUUCCGCGACUCCGAAAUAUGAUUCUAUAUAGCUCGCACUCGCGUAAUCGUCUCCCUUCGGCGUCAUCUGUCAUCCCGCUCGCGUGACGCGCGAAACGUCAUCAGCGAAGAAGAGACCGAUGCUAGGACGGGGCUGUCGUCCUCGCGGAUGAUCGUCCACUUACGACGAUGUCGGGCAGCAGCGAUUCCGAGGAGUUCUUCGACGCGGAGGACGAUUCGCUUCAUCGCGCAUCGCGAAAAUCUAAACAACAUGAGUGCACCUCCAGUCCACCAGCCAGUGUCGAACCUCAAGUUGAUAAGACGUUAGAAGUUUGCAAACAAGUCGAUGACAAUGUUUUUGUGAAACCUGCUGUACCUAAAUCAACCAUCGAGCUAAAGAGUGUAUCUACUGAUUGUGAGCAAAAUAAAGAUAAACUUGUCGAAAAUGGUGCGGAAUCAACCACGGAUAAAAUCGUGGGAAGGAAGAGAUUUCGCGAACUCCGGCAACGUAUGCAAACAGAAGACGACGAUAUUCCGAUCAACAAUUCUCCUCCAGAUAGUCAGACAUCUUCCAUCGAGGGCGUUUAUCCUACCCCUUCGAAAACGAGCCAUCCAUUUAGAAUCAUAGAACAUGACACCCUCAGUUUACAAAGUAUGACCUCUCUAGGCCGAGUAGGUCGAAUUCUGGCAGGUGUCGCGGAUAAUACUUCCGGCGUGCUUGCACCUGGUGCAUCUCAGUGCCCUCCCGCCGCCCUAACUCGCGAAGCUCAAACGUCCUCCUCCGUUCCUAGCAUCCCGAGCAAAGACGAGGACACAGCCUCCGGUAAGGUGUCCCAAUCUUCCAGCGUCCUUACGUUAUCGGGAGAUAACGUCCUGCAGGACUCCUCCAUCAACGGCAGAUCCAAUUAUGCCUCUCACUCACAAGGUGACAAGGCUGUUAUGCUUCAAGAGCCGGAUGUCAUUGCGAGUACGAAGAAUAACGGGAAAUUGGCAGAGGAUGUUGCGAUUUCCGGUGUACCCGUUGCUCCACCACGUCGUAAGAAGAAAACGAAGGCUCAUACACCUACCGAUCUAACUCCUUCUGCGGAAAAGCUUGUACCCGCAUCGCCGCUUCCAAGUCCAGCUAGCACCAUAGAAUCGAUUACUAGAGAAUUCGAACACUCACUUGACAUACGAUCCGCAACAAAAGGACAGUAUGUAGUUAAGCCGCAGGAUGAAGAUAAAUUGAAAGCAGAAGGUCCAUCUUCCGAGGAACUGGAGAGGGUAGAAAGAAUGAAAGCAGAACUGCUUAGUCGAUCGAGCGAAAAGUCCAGCAGUCCAUUAGGAUCAGCAUCGAGCAACAGUAUUGGCCGUUAUUCUUUGGGUCCGCACAAGCUCUCGAGCAUGAGUCCACAAAGUUCCAGGGAGAGACGUAAAUCCGCCGGUGAUCAAGAUCUGGUUAAACAAUUGAAUAUGUUCGUGAGAACUAGGACAGAUUCCGGCAAGCGUCUUACCGAUAUGGAAAUUUUGGAACAAGUGCCUGUAACGAAUUUAGAUACAGGGGAACAGGUGCCAUUAAGUAUAGCAGAAGAUAAAUUACCGCAGUGUAUUAAUCCUUUGUCGUUGCACAUUAUGAGACUAACCAAGUCUAAAUAUAUAAGCAAUUCUAGUCUGGAGAAGGAGAAGGAGAGCGACGAGGAGAGCGUAGAUAGUAAAAUGUCCAGCAUACCCCCGGACGAGGACGUGUCCGUGGACAGGGUACGCAAGCGGACGCAGAAGCUGAAGCGAUUUCUGGGCUCUACCGUGAAGAAGACCAUGAACAAGGCGAAGUCCAUCGCGCAGGAGGUUUCGCACGCGAGACACAAGGAAGACGUAAUGGACAUCGUGGACGAGGUCUAUCCCGGCGAGCAGCUGUACAUCAAGCUAAAAGCGUCGAACAGUCACAAGGGCCCGUAUGAGUUUAGCUGUCUCCAGCACGUUCAGGAUCUCAGCGGGGAGCACGUCGGACCCGUCUGGUGCAUGAAGUUCUCCGCCUGCGGUCGACUGCUGGCCACCGCGGGACAGGAUCGAGUCCUGAGAAUCUGGGUCCUGCGGGACGCCUUCACCUACUUUCAGGACAUGCGCACCAAGUACAACGCGGAGAAGGUCAGCCCCACUCCGUCGCAGGAGUCCCUAGUCUCGCAGCAGUCUAUGGAGGAUCCCAGCGUCGUCGCCAGCGCGUUCAGCGAGAUCGAGGGCACGAAGAGCCCGUUUAUGCCGAAGCCGUUCUGCACGUACACCGGCCACACUUCAGACCUGCUCGACGUCUCCUGGUCCAAGAACUACUUCGUUCUCUCCUCGUCUAUGGACAAGACCGUGCGGCUCUGGCACAUAUCUCGGAAGGAGUGUCUUUGCUGCUUCCAGCACAUUGACUUCGUCACCGCGAUAGUGUUCCAUCCGCGGGACGAUCGGUACUUCCUCUCGGGCUCGCUAGACGGUAAACUGCGUCUGUGGAACAUCCCGGACAAGAAGGUGGCUGUGUGGAACGAGGUGGACGGGCAGACGAAGCUGAUCACCGCAGCGAACUUCUGCCAGAACGGGAAAUUCGCGGUCGUAGGCUCCUACGACGGUAGAUGUAUAUUCUACAACACGGAUCAGCUCAAAUACCACACACAGAUACACGUGCGCUCGACGAGGGGGAAGAAUUCGACCGGCCGCAAGAUCAGCGGGAUCGAACCGAUGCCGGGGGAGGACAAGAUCCUGGUCACCUCGAACGACAGUCGUAUACGUCUGUACGACUUAAGGGACCUGAAUCUCUCUUGCAAGUACAAGGGUUAUGUCAACAUCAGCAGUCAGAUCAAGGCGAGCUUCAGCCCGGACGGCCAGUAUAUCGUCAGCGGCUCCGAGAACCAAUGCAUUUACAUCUGGAAGACUCACCACGACUAUUCCAAGUUCUCGAGCGUUCGCAGAGACCGGAAUGACUUCUGGGAGGGUAUAAAGGCGCACAACGCCGUGGUCACGUGCGCCGUCUUCGCGCCAAAUCCGGAUAGCAUUAUCAGGCAGAUCGAGGCGAGGGAACAGUGGGAGAGCAAGGAGGAGGCGAAGAGCGUGGACAGUUCCAGCAGUAUAGGUGUCGUCCCUGUGGACCCUGUCGUCGAGCAACGCACCAAGGGCUGCGGCGGCCACGUCCUCGUGAGCGCCGACUUUAACGGGUGCAUCAAGGUCUUUCUGAACAAGACGAAACCCAAGCACAGCUCCCUACCGGCGUCCGCGCUCGCGUAAUAUAACGUUACAUCGAUUUGCGCGUCGGAUAGUGGACGAAAAUGUGUGUGUAUAUGUUGUACGCGUAUGUGCUUAUAUUCGUGCAAAAUAUUUUUUUUCCCGCCUCCUGUAUAUGCGAAUUUUCACUGUGCACUUGUUUGAACACAGAAUUGUGUACAAUAAUUUUUUCAGACUCCUGGUUCCUCGCCGCGAGGCCAGAUGUCUAUCGCACUUUACUUAUUACUAGUUAAAAAUGUAUAGAGUAACUAAAUUUUUAAUUGUUACUUCGUUAUAUAUGUAACGAGAUGCCACUGUUACUCGUUAUAUUUGUAACAAGUAACGAAAUUAAUUUUGUUACUUGAUACAUUUGUAACGCAUAAUGAAGAAAA